GCGCGGCUGCUCGCACCCGGGACCCUCCACCCAGCGCAGCCGGCGGCAGGUGGCGGACGGGCCGAGCUGAGGAGGCCCGCCUCGCCCUUGGGAGGCAGCGCCCGCGCCCUCUGCCCUCUCUCCCGGCCGCUCCAGGGCCUCCAGGGCCGCGGGGGGAAGGAGGGCAUGUCCAGCAGCAGCACCGCCAGCAUCUCGCAGGCCCGCAAGGCCGUGGAGCAGCUCAAGAUGGAAGCCUGCAUGGACCGGGUGAAGGUGUCCCAGGCCGCCGCAGACCUGCUGGCCUACUGCGAGGCCCACGUCCGGGAGGACCCGCUCAUCAUCCCUGUGCCGGCGUCGGAGAACCCGUUCCGGGAGAAGAAGUUCUUCUGCACCAUCCUCUGACGCCCUCGGCGAUGCAGCACCUCCUUUUCUGGACCACCCCACGGGAACGCGCAUGCAUGUAGCUUUGGGGAGCCC